UCUCCAUUACCACCCCAAACUGAAGCCGAAACCAAGACGAGCCCCUAUCCUUCCUCCUUUGCGUCAGCUUCCAGGUCCAAGACUGCAUUGACUGCUUCUCAGUCUGACCUUGGACACAGUAGCAGUAGCACCACUCGCCCACAUCAGGCUCCACAGCCAAACGCCUCUCCGAGACUGGAACCAACUCCUUCUAGAUCUGCAUUGACACCGUCAUCUUCACCUCAAAAUAUUAGACCCGGUGAAUAUAGUGUUGCCGGAGGAGAGGAUCGGUCACCCUCUGCACAAACAGCAGAGUCUGUUGACGUAUGGUCCAACACGCAUUCUCAAGUACAUUCAAGACAGGGUUCUCAUGACCGCAUUCAAAAUUACAAAGGGACAACUAAAUCCGAGCUUGGUCAUGGUUCUUUUGCAUCCAAACCGGCUGCUGUUCGUGGAUCCACAGUUGAUGAUCGAACGAUUUCUGCAUCUGCAUCAUCCAACAAGCCUUCUGGGGUCACACGGUCGCUUUCGGCCAAUGUACUCGGCCAAAAGCCUAGCUCUUUCAGCACAGUAGCAAAACCUAAACCAAACAGAGUGGCAUCGUCGGAAAGUGAAACAGAAGAUCCCACUUCGGAGGACGAUGCACCGCUAUCGUCUCUCGUUCCCCCACGCAGACCCGGCUCAGCGGCGUCCAGCUUGCAGGGGGGUUCCCCAGCAAGCUCUUUCCGUGAUAUCCCACCUCGGGAGCAAUCGCCUACUCGUAGUACUCGAAGCGCGGGAGCCCUUACCUCGCGCACUUCACCACAGCCUCCUUCUGCCUCACCUUCAUCCAUCGGAAAAGCUGGAGGACAACGUGGUUCCACUCCCAGUCCUAUACCGGAUAGAAAGGAUACUACCUCACCUCUGUCGAGAGGAAGGAGGCCAACAUUGGAUGGAUUUUCCUCGUCGCCCAAGACGACACCAAGUACGAACGGUACCCUUACUUCUUCGCCUAUUGCAAUUCCCUCGCGGGAGGAUCCAAUCAAGAGUUCCCUUUUGACACCGCCCAUGUCCGAGAUCGACUUGUCAACCACUCUGAAAACGACACCCAAGUCCAGUUUCCGAUCGACUGCAACAACGCCAAAGGCCGAGACCUCUACUCCUCCCUCAUUUCUUAAGCCUGCCUCUUCUGCUAAACCUGCUUCUUCCACUACGCAACGGGGUCAAGACCACAUCAACAAAGGAUUCACUAGAGAAGAAAGCCGCGCUAGCUCUGUUGGCUACUCGAGUAUCAGCAGUCGUGUUCCUGUCACCCCACGUAGUGAAGUUGGCAUUGGAGGAAACACGAGCACUUCUGCUACUACUUCCUCGAGUGGCUCUUCGGCCAACGACAUUCCACGAAAGGCCCAUGGAAAGAGGCUCAGUGUCACUUUUGAUGAGCCAGUCGCAUUCCCCGCUGGAAAACAUCGGAGAGAGGCGAGUGGUACUAGCGUUAGUAGUGGAAGGAGGGACAGCACCGACUUGCAAGCCGUCAAGCGAAAUGAAAGAAGACGCAGCGAAGCGAAGGCAGCUAUUGAGUUUGGCAAAGUUGUUAAUGGACCUGGACCUGCCGCCGAUCCAGAUGAGGAGGAAGGACGAAGUGAAGGUCGCUCCAGUCUUGAGCAACUGCAAAAUUGGAAUAUGAUGCAAAAUAUGGCUCAAACCCAACAAAUGCAGGCCAUGGCUAUGGGAAUGGGGAUGGGAAUGGGUCCAACCACCCCUGGAAUGCAAUCGUUCAAUAUGAAUCCUGGCUUCCACAAUCCCAUGAUGCAGAUGAACAUGCCCAUGAUGCAGCCGAACCCAAUGUUCAACUCUAUGAUGCCCAACGGAAUGGGAAUGCCCACUGGAUUCGCUUUGCCACCUGUCCCGUCCAUGCCCAACAUGAAUAUGAUGAUGGGUAUGGACCCAUCCAUGAUGGCAGCUCACCAACAAGCCAUGAUGAUCGCCAAGCAAGCUUAUCAAAUGGCUGUGGCCCAACAAGCCAUCGCUGCUGCCGGCGAAGAAUGGGAACGUUCAAGUAACAUGGGUGGAUUCUCGG